AUGGCGCGCUCUGCCACGGAGCUGACUGCUACUCUGCUCAUCACCGUGGUCCUCUGCAGCAACCUUGGAGCCAGCUCUGCUCACGAGAUCGUCCCUAGCUUUCUCCAGACACUUCUGGAAGGCUCUGCUGAACAGCUGUACACUGGACCGAUUUCUCAAUAUAAAGUCGAUGAUUUGACUAGAGCCGCUUUGACUGCAUUAAAGGAAUGUAUUGAUGAGCUUUCUCCUGAGCACAGAAAGGCCCUCGUCAAUCUCCUGAAACUUGUUCGGACAAGGGCUUAA